AUGCCGUUCAAUUUCAACUUCGGUGGAGACCGGGAUCUUGUCGAAUUUUUACGAAUAGCACAGCAUAAUGGUCUGUAUGUUUUACUACGUAUUGGGCCCUAUGUCUGUGCAGAAAUUGAAUUUGGUGGAUUACCAUGGUGGUUAAUUAAAGACCAGGCAAAUAUUGAAUUGAGGACUUCAAACAAAAAAUAUCUCAGCUAUGUCAAACGCUAUUUUAAUGUACUUCUCCCCUUGCUUCGUCCUCUCCUCUACAAGAAUGGAGGUCCUAUUAUUAUGUUGCAGAUCGAAAAUGAAUAUGGUUCUGUUCUCUGUGACCAUGCUUAUACAAUUUGGUUAAGGGAUAUUGUUAGGGAACAACUUGGGAAUGAUGUGGUGCUUUAUACAACCGAUGGCUUUAACGAGAAUAUGGUGCGAUGUGGCUCCGUUCCAGGCACCUUCCCCACUGUUGACUUUGGUGCUCCCCAAACUAUAGACUCUGCUAGCAAAAAAUUCCAAGUUCAAAGAAAAUUUUCUGGUGGAGGGCCGAAUGUAAAUUCUGAAUUUUAUACGACUUGGUUUUCAAUGUGGGGAGAUCGUUCUGUGCCUAGACAAGAUAUUAAAAAUGUUGUUGAUUCGAUAGAGGUUAUGUGGCAGUUGAAUGCCUCUUUCAGGUGA